AUGUAUUCAUUGACUUACAUUACUACUACUACUACUACUACUACUACUACUACUACUACUACUACUACUACUACUACUACUACUACUACUACUACUACUACUACUACUACUACUACUACUACUACUACUACUACUACUACUACUACUACUACUACUACUACUACUACUACUACUACUACUACUAUAAGCAGAGAUGAAUAA